UCAAAAACUAAUUAUCCCAUAGCCAAACCCCACUGCAAAGAUCAUUGUGGGAACAUAAGCAUCCCAUUCCCCUUUGGGUUGACCCCAGGUUGUUACCUAAACCGCGAUUUCUUCAUCAAUUGCUCCACUUCCUCCAUUGAUGGCUCUCCUCAGCCAUUUGCAAGGACCACUAACAUAGAGGUGAACGAAAUAUCAGUUGAAGGGCAGUUGAGCGUUAUGACCUUGAUAGCUCAAAAUUGCCAUCAAGGUGUCUCAUGGGCAUCGCUGAGAUUACCAAGAUUCUACGUUAAUCAAACCGCCAAUAAGUUCGUUGCUGUCGGGUGCAACACGAUCGCCACUGUCUCCGGGUCCGACAAAGGGCUGUCGUACGAGACAGGCUGUAUAGCGUCGUGUAACCGCUUGCAAGAUGUGGCGAAUGGGGCGUGCUCGGGGAUCGGGUGUUGCCAGACCACCGACAUUCCUAUCUUGGCCAGCAACGUUAAUUUUACGUUGCGAAGGAUGGUGGGGAAUCGGAGUACGGAAGGGGCUACUGGUUGCAGUUAUGCGUCGGUGGUGAAAAAGGAUAAGUUUGAAUUUUCGUCCGAUAUGCUUACCAGAAAAUGGGAAGUCAAAGGAUUGCCGAUGGUGAUUGAUUGGGUCAUCUUCAACGAUACUUGCAGUAAUUCUAGUAGUACUUGCCAAGGUAACACUACAUGUGUCCCUUUUGAAGGUCCGGAUGGGGGAUACAGAUGCGCUUGUGGGAAGGGUUAUGAAGGCAAUCCAUAUCUCCAUCCAGGUUGCCUAGAUAUUGAUGAAUGUGAAAAGGGAAAGAACAACUGCUCCGAAAACGCCACUUGUGAGAAUAAACCAGGCGGGUAUUCAUGCCAUUGCAAGGAAGGUUACGAGGAAGAUGGGGAAGGUGGCUGCCAAUUACCUAGUAAACAUGAAAAAAAUGUGAACGCGAUUGUUUUGGGUGUUUCUUUAGGCACUAUAAUGUUGCUGAUCACUAGUUUUUGUCUAUACUUGGGAUACCGGCGGAGGAAAUCAGUACAGAUAAAAGAGAAAUUCUUUAGGGAAAAUGGAGGAUUUAUUCUGCAGCAAAGGAUUGCUCAAGGUGGUGUAUCUUCUGGCACAACAAGAAUUUUCACUGCCGAGGAGCUUAAAAAAGCGACCAACAAUUAUGAUCAAGAUAGAAUCAUUGGUCAAGGAGGCUUUGGUAUUGUCUACAAAGGACACCUUCUUGACGGCCGAAUAGUAGCUGUUAAAAAGGCCAAGAUGAUGGACCCAACUCAAGUCGAACAGUUCAUCAAUGAGGUAAUUGUGCUCUCCCAAAUCAAUCACAGAAACAUUGUCAAACUCUUUGGUUGUUGUUUAGAGACAGAAAUCCCGUUGUUGGUUUAUGAGUUCAUAAGUAACGGAACAUUGUCCGAGCAUCUGCACAACAAAGAGAAGGCAUCAAAAUUACCUUGGUUGACCCGUUUAAAAAUAGCUUCCGAAGCCGCUGAGGUUCUCUCUUAUUUGCACUCUGCAGCCUCUCCUCCCAUCAUCCACAGAGAUGUUAAACCAGCAAACAUUCUCUUGGAUAGCGACUACACUGCUAAGGUAUCUGAUUUUGGUGCAUCGAGAUUAGUUCUGCAAGAUCAAACUCAAUUGAUAACUAUGGUGCAAGGAACAUUGGGUUAUCUCGAUCCAGAAUACAUGCAAACCCACCAAUUAACGGAAAAGAGUGAUGUUUACAGUUUUGGAGUUGUCUUAGUGGAGUUGUUAACAGGUAGGAGGGCGGUGUUUUUUGAUGGUCCAGAGGAGGAGAGAAAUUUAUCUCUGCAUUUCCUUUCAUCCUUGAAGGAGAAUCGAUUGUUCAUGAUUCUUGAUGACAACAUUGUAUGCGAAGGAAACAAUGAAGAGUUACAAGAAGUUGCUUUGCUUGCAAAAAGGUGCUUAAAUGUGAAUGGGGAGGAUAGGCCAACCAUGAAAGAAGUUGCAGUUGAACUAGGUGGAUUGAUGAGAACAGCAAAACAUCCAUGGAUUAAUAAUAAUUCAGAAACUUCCAUGGAAUCACAUGCUCUACUUAUCCCCUUUGAAUAUGAUGCCAAUUUUAGUAUAACAACAACAACUGAAUAUGAUAGCUUAAAACAUCAUAUGAAGUUACCGGUUGCUGCAGGAAGAUAAUUGUUUAUGAAUAAUGAUUUGUUUCCAUUAUUCCUUUCAAUAAA